UCAGUUCAGUGUAAGGUUGUUAUUCAUACGAGAAACAUCUAGCUACAAAUCCAAAUUGUUAAGUUUUUUGUGAGCUUCCAUUUAUAACUUCUAGAUUUUUCCGAAAUUUGUUGUAAAUACUUUUGAGAUACAAUGUCAGUGUCCGGUGUAAAUUCGAGCAAUGAAUCCGUUUUACGCACUCAAUUCGCUUCCUCAACCGAACUGGAAGUCGACAAUGCAAAGCCCUCAUCGGAAACCGAAUUGGGGAGCAGCGACGUCGAUGUCGCCCUCCCAGAUUCGUCCAGAAGGAGCUCCGCUGUCGCGUUUUUAAAUUACAUGCGGGAAUGUAAGCGCCGGUUUGGAUCCAAGCACCUUGGGCAGGGGUUUGCAAAUGCCGCGACGAAACGUUGGAGGGCGAUGUCCCCAGAGCACCGAGCCCGGUACCGACGGUCCGAAUAUCGAUCUGCCAGCACCAUUAAGCCAAGCAAGAGCAGCCUGCUCUGCAGGGAAGAUAAUGAGUUAGACAGCACGGCAGCUCUCUCAGUGGUUCCUUCGGGUUUCUCCCUGGACGAGGUGGACUGUGACAUGAAACGCAAAAGUAAGCGCAGCUGCAGCAAGCCUAAGCGAAAGAAGUCGGCUUGUGGCAAGCGCAGACGCAGGAAGUCCGCUUGCAAGAAACGCAAGAGCCGCAAGUCUAAGAAAAGCUGCUCAAAGCCACGCCGCCGCAAGUCCCGCAAGGCGAAGUGCAAGGGUGGGGCUCCCCACUAAGGUGGUAUUAGACCAGAGAGAAACUACUCUAAAUUCGCACAACGGGCGGGGAAACCUCCAACCUGUCUCGAUUUGGACCUGAAGAAGCGGUACCUUUGACAAAUUCGCGAGCGAUGAUCCGCUAUUCUCAACCCAUGUCGCUGCCCAGCCAAGAAAAGGAGCUUCAAAGCUUGGAAGGCCCCCAACCACCUAUUCGGGACACAUCGACCUCUUACCACCCCCCAAUAAAUGUGUUUUCUUAACCUGCACUAA